UGUGCCACUUUUCAUGUCUCCUCACACAACUUGCUGGUGUGUUCAAUUUUUUGUCAUAGGGUGCUGGCAGAUUACGGGCCUCCUAUAGCUGCUACCAGGCCCCUAAUCUGCCAUGGGCCCCUAUACCGCCUCCUCAUGCUGCUGCCAGGUCCCACAGUCUCUCAUGGGUCCCUGUACGGCCUCCCAUUGCUGCUGUCUCCAUCGCCAACACUCUGCCAUGUGCCACUUUCAGGUCUCCUCACACUCCUGCUGGUUCCAUUUUGUCAUAGGUUGCUGUAUGGCCUCCCGAUUGCUGCUGCCUCCACCGCCACACUGUGGCUCACAAACACUGGUUUUUGUUGGCCCGUGAUUGGCCAAAUGAGUGAAGUGUGCGGUGAUUCUAAGAUCGACGGCACUCAUCUGCAUGUCAUACUGAGUGACAGUAUUAUUUCUCUUCCCCAGCAGACUCCAAGGGCAUUUAAAUUAAAGGUACAGUGUUCUGCACUAAUAUUA